ACCGAAUACCGUGUCUGUUAUUGCACGUGUCGUUCGCUAUUCGCGGUAUUUAUUCAAUUCAUUUAUUUUUGUGCGUUUUUUUCAUAACUCAAUAUUAUAUUAAAGUUUAUCGUAUCGUGAUAGUAUUAUUUUCAGUUGUUUUUAGUUCUUUUAAUGGUAUUUAUUUAACUGCAAUAAAGACCGUUCACUCAUAGGAUAUGCUUGCCCGGGCGUUUACCGUAGCAGUUGUAGCUUUACUGUGUUUCAGCAAAUCCUUUGGAGAAGAAAGCUAUGGAGACUUCCCAACAGGCGGAGGUGGUGAUUUGGCAUCUUAUCACCAUGCAGGAGGUCACAGCUCCCACGGUAGUUAUGGAGGACAUGGUGGUGGAGGUAGUGGAGGAGGAGGCCACGGAGGUGAGCAUAUUCACAAAGGAGAAGUGAUCCAUCGUCACGUGCACGAGGGAAAAGUGGAACAUAUUCACAAACAUAUUGGACACGCUGAACACGACCACAAACAUGCUGGACAAGCACACCACGAUCAUAAACACACCGGUCAUGCUGGUCAUGAUCAUAAACACCAUGGAACUGCAGAACACAAACAUUCUCACUAUGGAAAAGCCGAACAUGGACACAAGCACGUGGGUUCUGCAGCACAUUCUCAUAAACACCAUGGUGUUGGUGAACAUUCACAUAGUCAUCACGGAAAAGCAGAACACUCUCAUGGUCAUCACGGCCAAGCUGAGCAUAAUCAUAACCACGUUGGACAUGCUGAACACGGCCAUAAGCAUACCGGACAAGCUCAUCACGCGCACAAGCAUCAUGGAUCCGCUGGACACACUCACAAACAUCUUGCACACGCUAAGCAUGCACAUGCACAUGGAGGCCAUGCUGACCACACCCAUAAACAUCAUGGACAAGCAGAUCAUUCACAUGGUCAUCAUGGAAACUUUGGACAUGGACAUGAACACCAUGGAAAAUCACAGCAUCAACAUGCUCAUCACGCUCAAGCUUCUCACGGUCACAAGCACUCUGGUCAUCACGCACAUUCUCAUCAUCAUGGAGUAGAAGGUCAUGGUGGUGGUCAUGGUAGCCAUGGCGGAUAUUUAGUAAAAAGAAACGACGGCGAUCAGGCCGCAAAUUUACAAUCCGAAGGUCUCAGCAAGUUUUAUAAAUCUGCCUCCCAACCCGAACCAUUAAAGAUAAAAGAUAUUCCAUUGGAUGAAUUCCAAGAUACCAAAGUCGAAAUUGCUGACUAUGGUAGUGGUACCGGUCAAGUAGAAUUGGAGAGAUAAACCACUUCAAAUACUAAGUUAUGUAUUCGUCUACGUUUGCCAAGAUAUUAUAACCAUAUCAUUUUAUUUUUAGAAUUCUAAAAUUAUGUUAAUAUUUUAUUGUGCAUAAAUUGUAUUAUUUUGUUUUGCGUUUUUACGCACAUAUAUAUUAGUGCACAUGUACUAAUAUAUUUAUUUUUUAACUCUAAUUAAUCUAAUUUGUUACCAUUUUAUGAAAUCAAUAUAAUACUAGAAAAUACAUGAAGUAUUUU